AUGGAGGACUCCGCCAACAAAUUCAUUCCCGAGUACCGCCGGACCAACUUCAAAAACAAAGGUCGUUUCCAGAGCGACGAGUUGAGAAGACGCAGAGAGACCCACCAGGUGGACUUGCGCAAGCAAAAGCGUGAGGAGGUUUUGGCGAAAAGACGCAACUACGUUGACAAUGCGGCGUUGGCCAACGAUUCAGAGGAUGAAGACGGUGCCGAUGACUUUUCAUUGACUGGAAACAGUGAAGAGUCGCUGUUCUACGGCAAGUUGCAGCAGGACUUGCCCAAAAUGAUGGAAAUGAUCCAAUCGCCAGACUUUGAUGACCAGUUGGCUGCCACAGUCAAGUUCCGCCAGAUUUUGAGCAGAGAGCACAACCCACCUAUCGACUUGGUGAUCCAGUCGGGUGUGAUCCCCACAUUGGUUGAAUACAUGAAGGAGGGCCAUCCAGACAUGUUGCAACUUGAAGCUGCUUGGGCCUUGACCAAUAUCGCUUCGGGCUCGUCCGAACAGACCAAGGUUGUCGUAGAGUCAGGUGCCGUCCCUUACUUUGUGCAAUUAUUGUACUCUCCCUCAUUGGAGGUGAAAGAGCAGGCCAUUUGGGCGUUGGGUAACGUCGCAGGAGACCUGACAGUCUACCGAGACUUUGUGUUGGCAAACGGCGCCAUGGAACCUGUAUUGUCCUUGUUCAACACCACCAAAAUGUCGUUGAUUCGCACCGCCACGUGGACUCUCUCCAACUUGUGCCGUGGCAAAAACCCACAACCAGACUGGAAUAUAGUGCAGCAGGCCAUUCCGACGUUGGCCAAGUUGAUUUACUCUGUGGACGCCGAAACCUUGGUGGACGCAUCUUGGGCCGUCUCCUAUUUGAGUGACGGUACUUCUGAGGCGAUCCAGGCUGUCAUUGACGCUCGCAUUCCUCACCGUCUUGUGGAAUUGUUGGACCACGAGUCCACUUUGGUGCAAACACCCGCUUUGCGUGCCAUCGGUAACAUUGUCACAGGAAAUGACAUGCAAACACAGGUGAUGAUCAACGCCGGCGUUUUGCAGCACUUUGCUCCGUUGUUGAACUCGCCAAAGGAGACACUCAGAAAGGAGGCGUGCUGGACCAUCUCCAACAUCACUGCGGGCAACAGUGAACAGAUUCAGGCGGUGAUUGAUGCCAACUUGAUUCCACCUAUCAUUCGCUUAUUGGCUCAGGGUGACUACAAGACGAAGAAGGAAGCUUGUUGGGCUAUUUCCAACGCCAGUUCUGGAGGUUUGACUAACCCAGAUCAAAUCCGUUACUUGGUCAACCAGGGCUGUAUCAAGCCAUUGUGCGACUUGUUGGCUGUGGCAGAUUCGAAGAUCAUUGAAGUGACUUUGGAUUCUUUGAUGAACAUCUUGCGUGUUGGAGAAUUGGACAAGGAACAACGCCGCGCAGCAAGCAACGAGUACGCCAUUUUCAUUGAGGAAGCAGGAGGCAUGGAGAAAAUCUUCCACUGUCAAGCCAACUCUAACGAGAAGAUCUACAACAAGGCUUACAACAUCAUUGAAAAAUACUUUGGUGACGACGACGAGGACGCAUUCAACGAGAAUGGAUUGCAACCAGAAACCUACGGUGAUUCGUUUGCCUUUGGUGUGCAGAACCAGCAGAACUUCCAGUUUUAG